AUGCAAACACCAACCGAUGGGGUGUUAACCCCCAGAAGUAGGUCAUCGGCACGAAGGAGCAGUCAUUUUCACAGCUCAAGGUAUCCUCCCGGAAGCAUGACAUCUGCACGUCGAUGGUCUGCAUUGCGAAGCUUGUCUAAAAGAAAAAUCCCACAGUGCACCCCAUUAAAGCAAACUCUUGAUCCGGCACAGGCUGCUUUGCUCCUUCAAAAACAAUGGACUCUGUUCAGCAUGACACCAAUGUAUAAUUUCUCAUACAUCAGACUGAAAGAGUAUUCCAAUCACCUGUCUGCCCACAAAGCUGCCGAGAAGCACAAGGGUCUUGCCAUUGAAGUGGCCUCAGAGCUGAACCUUAAAGCCAAAUGUUCAUGUUUACCUGGACUCAAAGGAAAGGAUAGAGAUCCACUGUCUGUGCUCAUACAGAUUUCAUCAAAUCCUCUACUCAUCAAGGCAGGCACACAGGACCAGAUUGUGUGGACAAGUUGGUUCUGCGGGACGUACACAUUGGAGGUGUUACCAAAGACAUAUACUUGCCUGCAGCUCUUCCUGUAUAACAUCUCCGAGGCGCUCAUGGCUAUCUUAGGGACAUGGUUCCAAAGAAACUUUGACUGUUUCGGUAAGCUAGUUAUCAUUCCUCAGGACCUUAUGUGGCUAGCAGUGAUGUGGACCGGGUAUGACGUGUUUGGAUCAGUGUCUGCCACAGAGCUUGUUUUCUCUGUGCCCGUCGAACCUCGCAUGGACAUUUCUUAUGCCAUCCAUGCAGAGGACUUCAAGACUUUAUGGAAUUAUAUUCAUAAAUCAAAGGACAAGGUCACAUUGGAGGAAGUGGACAAUUUAUUCCAAUGUCUUCACUUACAUUUCUUCAGAGACUUUAGAAUCCACUUAUCAGCAACCCAGCUCAUCAAGGGAUGA